AUGGUGAGUCAAAGGCAAAGAUCGACAAUAAAGCGGUUCAGAGAAGAGCAAACGGAGCUUGUCCCAAAGCCGGAGCCGCCGGCGCCGAAAGACCUGAACAAGAAGAAGAAGAACAAAAACAGCAAAUUUAAGCGCAAGAAAUCGGAUCUGGGCAAGAUUUAUGGAACUUCGGGGCAAGAUUUAUGGAUUUUGGGGGCUUUUAGAUUUAUGGAUUUGGGCAAGAUUUAUUGGGAAUUUCUGAAAGCUGAUACUAUUGGUGGCGCUCCCCUGAGCGAUUCAUUUGCGUUGCCCGCGGCAGAGUUUCCGGAGCUCAAACCCAAUUCCAUUUACUUCGCUAAUGCGCUAGAUGAAGUCAUGUGUCCGUGUACACCACCAAUUGGUGGCCAUGACAUCGGCAUUUUCAAUUAUGAAAACAAGACUGUAUUGCCGUGCUAUUAUCCAUCUGAUGUCAAGAACAUGCCGCAAGAUUUUCCCAGGGCCUACUUGGUUCUUCCCAAGUCCUGCAUGAUUUGA